AUGGCGAAAAAGGGAAAGAAGAACGUCAAGGCCGGCGACUAUUGGGACGAGGACCUCGAGAACGAUAUGCCUGAAGCCGAAGAAUUAGGAUCUGCUCCUUCUACCGCCGAUACCCCAGAGCCAUCUUCGGAGGCGACUCCAGUGGAGGCGGACGAUUUUGCAGACGAUUUCCUGUCCAAUUUGAAACGUGCCAAGAACAAGAAGCAGGCUAAGGCCAAGCAGGAGGAAGAGGAAAAAGCUUCUAACACGCAGCAAAAAGGUCCUGUCAUUAAGAGUAAAAAGGAGAAGGAAAGAGAAAAGAAGGAGAAGGAAAAGCUCAGAAAGAAGCAGCUAGCCGACAGAAAGAAGGCUCAGGCGCCAAAGGAUGACUCCAAGGAAAGCUCUCCUGGUCCAGAGUCCGCUGAGACCGAGGCUCCAAAGGAAGAGGAAGAAAAACCUGCAGCCAAGACUACCAAGAAGACCAAGAAAAUGCCUGCCGGUAUUGCUCUCUUGAAGAAACAGAUGGAACUCAGAAAACAAGCCGAAGAGGAACAGCAACGUUUGGAGGAGGAAGAGAGAAAGCAAGAGGAAGAAGAAAAACGUCGCGCUGAAGAAGAAGAACAGGCAAAGGAAGAAGCCAGAAAGGCCAAGAAAGAGAAAGAAAAGGCCAGGAAGGAACAGCUCAAGAAAGAGGGUAAAUUCUUGACCAAGAAGCAGAAGCAAGAGAAACAAUUGCAAGAGAGAAGAAGACAGCAAUUGUUGCAGGCAAGUAACAUCAUUGUUCCUGGUGUCAUGAACCAAGAGACCACCGAACAACCUAAACCUAAGAAGGUUGUGUACGGCUCCAAGAAGAAGAACGUCAAGAAACAACAAGAGGAGGACGAGGCCAAGGAGGCCACGGAGGCGGUUAAGCCAAAGGCCGUCGAGAAGACUUCUCAAGAUGAGGAAGAAGAACUUGUUGAUGACUGGGAGAAGAUGGCUCUUGACGAUGACGGUGAAGAGGUUGCUGCCGACUGGGAGGCCGCUUUGGACGACGAAGAUGACGACAACGAGGACGACGAACUUACCAGAGAGGAGGAAGAGGAGAAAGAGGAAGCCGAGCUUCUUGAGGAAGAACUCAGAGAAAGCUCACCUGUUGUUUCCAAGCCAAAGGCUACUUCAGUGUCCAAGGAUGCUUCUCCAGCUCCUGAGAAGAAUGGUAAGGUAGAGCCUGAAAGUAACUUGCGUUCUCCAAUUUGUUGUAUCUUGGGUCACGUCGAUACCGGUAAGACCAAGCUUUUGGAUAAGAUCAGACAAACCAACGUUCAAGGAGGCGAGGCCGGAGGUAUUACCCAACAAAUUGGUGCUACUUACUUCCCUGUUGAGGCCAUCAAGCAAAAGACUGCUGUCAUGGCUCCAUACGAGAAGAUGGUUUACGAGGUUCCAGGUUUAUUGAUCAUUGAUACUCCAGGUCACGAGUCGUUCACGAACUUGAGAACCAGAGGUUCCUCCCUCUGUAACAUUGCCAUUUUGGUGAUUGAUAUCAUGCACGGUUUGGAGCAACAGACAUUGGAGUCGAUCAGACUGUUGAGAGAUAGAAAGGCUCCGUUCGUGGUGGCAUUGAACAAGAUCGACAGAUUGUACGACUGGAAGGAGAUUCCAAACAACUCUUUCCGUGACUCGUUUGCUAAGCAGACCAGAGCCGUUCAGCAAGAGUUCGAAACUAGAUUCACAGCAAUCAAGGUCGCUCUUGCCGAGCAAGGAUUGAACUCUGAGUUGUACUUCCAAAACAACAACUUGUCCAGAUAUGUUUCGAUUGUUCCAACUUCCGCUGUCACUGGAGAAGGUGUUCCAGAUUUACUUUGGUUGUUGCUUGAGCUCACUCAGAAGAGAAUGAGUAAGCAACUUAAAUACCUUUCUCACGUGGAGGCUACCAUUUUGGAAGUCAAGGUUGUUGAAGGUCUUGGUACCACCAUUGAUGUUGUUUUGUCCAACGGUAUCCUGAGAGAAGGAGACAGAAUUGUUCUUUGUGGUAUGAACGGUCCGAUUGUCACGAAUAUCAGAGCUCUGUUAACGCCACCACCAUCCAGAGAGUUGCGUAUCAAAUCCGAAUAUGUUCACUUGAAGGAAGUCAAGGCAGCUUUGGGUGUCAAGAUUGCAGCCAACGAUCUGGAAAAGGCCGUUGCAGGUUCCAGAUUGCUGGUCGUUGGCGAGGACGACGACGAGGACGAAUUGAUGGACGAGGUGAUGGACGACUUGACUGGUUUGCUGGACUCUGUGGACUCUUCCGGAAGAGGUGUUACUGUCCAGGCUUCUACAUUGGGUUCUUUGGAGGCAUUGCUUGAUUUCUUGAAGGACAUGAAGAUUCCUGUGAUGUCUAUUGGAUUGGGUCCUGUUUACAAGAGAGACGUGAUGAAGGCAGCUGCCAUGUUGGAUAAGGCCAAGGAAUUUGCCGUGAUGCUCUGUUUCGACGUCAAGAUCGACAAGGAAGCCGAACAGUACGCUAACGAACAAGGCGUGACUAUCUUCAAUGCCGACAUCAUCUACCACUUGUUUGACGCUUUCACUGCUUACCAACAGAAGCUGCUCGAAGAAAGAAGAAAGGAGAACCAACAAUAUGCUAUUUACCCAUGUGUUUUGAAGACAUUACAGAUCAUCAACAAGAGAAACCCAAUGAUCAUUGGUGUGGAUGUUGUGGAAGGUGUUGUCCAGCACGGAACGCCAAUUUGCGUGGUGAAACCUGAUCCAGAAACAGGAAAGAACGCUCCAAUGAUUCUUGGUAAGGUUGUUUCUUUGGAGGUCAACCAUCAGUCCAGAGAUUCUGUUAGAAAGGGCCAAACUAACGCUGGUGUUGCCAUGAGAUUGGAAGCUCCAUCUGGUCAACAGCCAACGUGGGGAAGACAUGUUGAUGAAAAAGAUCCAUUGUACUCGCUGAUCUCGAGAAGAUCGAUCGAUACGUUGAAAGAUCCUGCAUUUAGAGAUUCUGUUCCAAGAGACGAUUGGCUGCUGAUCAAGAAAUUGAAGAGCACUUUGGAUAUUCAAUGA